AUGGCUUCUCAUUUUAGCAUUACGGAUGACUCUUCUUUGGUGAGCAAUUCUGGCCGUAGUGUCAGGUGGGAUAAACCUAAGGCACCGGCUAUUAAAUUGAACACUGAUGGUUCUGUUAGUGCUAAUAAUGCGGGUUUGGGUGGCAUGAUUAGGGAUCACAAUGGCAAGCCUCUGGGUAUUUUUUCUGGCCCUUUGUUGCUGUGUUCUGUUUUGACGGCUGAGCUUAUGGCUCUGCAUCAGGGGUUAGAGAUUUGUAUGAAGUAUGGUUACCAGGUAAUCAAUAUUGAAGUGGAUUCUAAAAUUCUUUUGCAAGUGAUUUCUGGCAUUUCUGUGGGUUGUCUUCAGGAUUACUACACUAUUAGAAAAAUUAAUAAUUGCCUUGCUAAUUUAAACUAUACUAUAUCGCAUGUUUUCCGUGAAGGCAAUGCUUGUGCUGAUUGGCUUGCAAAGUUUGGUUCCCACAGUGGGGUGUUCCAGGAGCAUAACCUGAACAAUUUACCGGUUCCCCUUUCUGGCAUGAUUUGUAUGGAUAAGCUAGGUCUUCCUUAUAUUCGUCACACUUGA